UCGUAUACUUAAUUAACAUGUUGUGGAAUUUUUUUGGUAAAAUAGUCACCUAUAUUAAAUGUUUGUUAGAACGGUUAGUUUUUGUUAAAAUAGUCAACUGUAUCCACUUAUGUUUUUAGUCAUAUAAUCCUCUUGACACCUCUACAUUCAAUGGAUGUAUAUCAUGUCUUGUGUGACUGCAGCGGAUGUUUGAACGAAAUAAAAGUAAUAGGGAGAAGCAACAAAACAAUCACACGGCUGGACGAAGGUCAUUUGUGCGGCUAAUGGAGAUGAGGUCUGGGAAUGAGGAGAAUUCGGUUGAUUUCUUUGAAGAAGUCAGGUGGUCAAAGAAAAAUGACAAAUUUGUGACUCUCAUGAUGAAAGAGAAAUAUAAUGAGAUGGCAGCAAAGAUGGCAGAGCUAGAGCUUGAGAAGCAGACUAAAGAGGCUGCAACAACAAUAUUUAAGGAAGUUUUGGGCCACAAGCUAGGGUAUGUACGGGGUCUCGGCGAGAUGGUUAUUUCCGAGUCAUCUAGACAAUCAACUAAUGCCUAAAUAGCAGAAUUAACUGAACGUGUAGAAAGAAGUGAGAAAGAAGCUGCACAUUAUAAGACUUUACGUGAUGACUUACGAGCGAAUGUCAUGCUAGUAAUGGAGAAACAAGUCGAGUACGACAAGUU